AUGAAAGUUACCCAAAAAAUUGCGCAAUGCGAAAGAGAAAACAAAAUAUGGUGGUCCUUCGAAUACUUUCCUCCUAGAACAGCUCAAGGUCUCCAAAAUUUGCUUGACCGUAUAGAACGUAUGCGAGGACUUGGUCCAGAGUUCAUCGAUAUCACUUGGAAUGCUGGCGGACGAACCUCAGAACUUACUGCGGAAAUGGUAAAGACAUGUCAGGGUCUUGUUGGAAUAGAGACCUGCAUGCAUUUGACAUGUACUAAUAUGCCGAAGGAGAAAGUCGAUAUUGCCCUCCGGGAAGCGAAAGUCUCUGGAUGUAGGAAUGUCCUUGCCCUGAGAGGCGAUCCUCCUAUGGGCAAAGAGGAAUGGGAAGCAGUUGAGGGAGGUUUUGUGCAUGGCAUCGAUCUCGUCCGACAUAUCCGCCGUGAAUACGGAGAUUACUUCGACAUUGCCGUCGCCGGCUUUCCUCAGCAUCAAACCCUACCCACAGAAGAAAGAGACCUUGAAAUGAGGUACCUCAAGGAGAAAGUCGACGCUGGUGUGAAUUUUAUCUUUACACAGAUGUUUUACGAUGUCGAUGUCUUCAUCGAUUGGGUCAAUGCUGUUCGAGCGGCCGGAAUCACCAUCCCCAUUGUUCCAGGAAUUGCACCGAUCCAGACUUGGAAUGGAUUUCAGAGGGCAACUAGUCUGGCUCAGACGAUCAUACCACAGACUUUCCAAGAUGCAUUGGAACCGCACAAGGCCAAUGACGAAAAAGUGAGGGAGAUUGGUACAAAACUUGUCGCAGACAUGUGCCGCAGAAUUUUAAACGCCAACUUGGGGAUUCAUGGCCUGCAUUUCUAUACGAUGAACUUAGAGAAGGGUACGAGGAUGUUGUUGGAAGAGCUCAACCUAGUACCCAGGGUAGAGACAAUUAAACCCCUCCCCUGGAGACAGUCUCUGACACCUACACGACGCCAAGAGACCAUCCGACCCAUAUUCUGGGCAAACCGAACCAAGUCCUACAUCUCCCGGACCGAAAACUGGGAUGAAUACCCUAAUGGCCGUUUUGGUGAUUCUCGUAGUCCAGCAUACGGUGAAUUAGAUGGCUAUGGAGUUUCCAUAAAGCAAUCUAGAGAAGAUGCCCUUAAACUUUGGGGGCAACCAUCGACUUUCGCCGAAAUCGCCGACCUUUUCGCCCAAUUUUGUAUAGGCAAACUUAGCGCCCUUCCAUGGUCAGACCAGAAGCCCUCGACAGAGACUUCGAUCAUUUCUGAGCAACUCGCUCGUAUGAAUUCUCUUGGUUUUCUCACGAUCAACUCCCAACCCGCCGUUAAUGGUGCAAAAAGCAGCGACAAGGUCUUUGGGUGGGGUCCCCGCAACGGCUAUGUGUACCAAAAGGCCUAUCUCGAAUUCUUCGUCAAACCCGCUCUACUCACAUUAUUACUUUCACACAUUGAACGAGACAGCAAUAUCACAUACUAUGUUAUCAAUAAGCGAGGAGACCUUCGCACUAACACUCAUUCUGAAGGGCCUAACGCGGUAACUUGGGGUGUAUUCCCAGGCAAAGAGAUCGUACAGCCAACAAUUGUGGAGGCGGUCAGCUUCAUGGCUUGGAAGGAUGAAGCCUUUGAACUUGGACAGCAAUGGGCCCGCGUCUACGAUCCAGACUCUCCUUCCGCCAAAAUCAUUUCCGAGUUAAUGGAUUCGUGUUACCUUGUGAACGUUGUGCACAACGAUUUCCACGAUGCGGGUGCCAUCUUCAAACCCUUCUUCCAAGCCGGCGAGGAAUACGCCACCCAAGCCAAUGGUCACUAG